AUGAAUGAAUUUCUCGAUAAAUAUGGAACCGAUACAACCACAAACUUUCAACUUAUGAGAUGGGCGAAUGAGUUAAAUAUAUCACCGUUUUAUUAUUGUAUGAGAGAUGAAAUAAAUGAUCUGAAAUAUAAGAAAGGAAUUAAAUACUCUGAAACUAAACUUAACAGUGAAUUACAAAAAGAACUAAGAAAUAUUAAACAACAAAUACAAAACAUAGAUGAUAGCGAAAUCAAAACCUAUAUUCAACAACAAAUACAAAAUAUAGAUGAUAGCGAAAUCAAAACCUAUAUUCAACAACAAAUACAAAAUAUUGAUGAUAGCGUUAUUCAACAACAGAUAACCACUAUUAAUAACCUAGUUUUGAAACAUGACAAAAAUAUAGUCGCAUUAGAAAAAAAGUAUCUCAAGAAAGAAUCAUAUUAUUUUAAACUUACAUUUGGAGUAAUGGGAAUUCAUGAUGAUCCUUCUAUUACUGAUAAUACUGAUGAAUCAAAAGACUAUGAAUAUAAAAAAUAUGGAUUUACAGCAAAUAUUAGAGUAUAUUCUUUUCCAAAUUAUACUAUUUACCCCAAUAAUAUUUUUGAUUCAGAUGAUGAGAAUGAUUAUCAUCCAAUAUUUUUUAUUUUCCGAGGAAAACUUAUAAUUGAAAUUAAUUUUCCUUUUCAGGUAAAAGUUGAUUCAAUAUUCUUCAGACAAAACUCUCGUUUUUCUAAUAAAUUUAACGCUCGUAAAGUUCUCCAGUUUAUCAAUGGUACAAAAAAUGUAGAAACUAAAGAAUUUGAAAUUAACGACGAAAACAGCAAGCCUCGUCACUUAUAUGAAAUUAAAACGAGUGGAAAAUAUAUAGAUAGGUUUAGAAUGUUAAUCAUACCCGAUAAUGAAGAAGUUAAACUUUCAUUGAGUGAUUUUGAUAUGUUAUUGGAGACGGAAAGUCCACCAGCAAGUAUUAUUAGAAAUCCAAAACCUCAAAAAGAAAUAAUCAAUUAUCAGUUUUUACGAGCAACAGACUUUGAAUACGUAAAACUAUAUUUUGUUGAUAAUGAUAUAUUUACCUCAAUCGAUAUUCAUAAAAGUCAACAACAACAAAAUUUUUUGAUACCAACAAAAAGAGACGAUGUAUCUGUUACUAUGUUUUUAACUAUUAGUAAACCAAAAUUUUCAGUUCAUCUGAAUAAGAUUAAUGAUUUGAAAGAACAAAUAUUCUUAGUAAGUAUGCAAUUUUUUAGUAAAGUAGCUUUAUCAGAAAUAAUAUGA